AAUCUUGCAGGAGAAGCUCUUGGAGCAAUAGGUUCACCAGAGGUCUUGGAUACACUAAAAGAGUACAGCCAGGAUCCUGUUGUUGAAGUUGCAGAAACAUGUCAGUUGGCUGUAAAGAGAAUUCAGUGGCUUUUGGAUUCAGCUCAGAAGGAAGGACAAAAUGAACACAGUAUGUACUGUUCAGUUGAUCCAGCACCCCCAGAUGUGACAGAAAAUGUGAAACUCUUGCGUAGAAAACUCCUUGAUGAAUCAUUACCUCUUUUUGAACGGUACAGAGCUCUGUUUUCUCUAAGAAACGUUGGAAGUAGAGAAGCAGUACUGAGUUUAGCAGAAGGCUUGAAAUGUAGCAGUGCAUUAUUUCGUCAUGAAAUAGCGUAUGUGUUGGGUCAAAUUCAAAGUAAUGCCUGUGUUAAACAAUUGACUGACUCCCUUAGUGACUUGAAAGAGAAUGAGAUGGUCAGACAUGAAUGUGCUGAAGCUCUUGGGUCUAUUGCACAUGAAGAAUGCAGGGAUAUCCUCAAAAAAUUCUUAAAAGAUGAAAAACGGGUAGUUUAUGAGAGCUGUGAAGUAGCCCUAGACAUGUGUAAUUAUGAGACUAGUGAUGAAUUUCAGUAUGCUGAUUAUCUGGUAAAAGUAAAAGAAUGUAAUUUGGAAAACCAGGAAGUAAAAAGUAAACAUGGACGACCCAAUUCAUAGAAUGCCUUGGAAUACUCAGAGGGUUGAUGUAAGAUCCAAAAAUAAAGGUUGAACUUAGUGAAUACUGACUGUGUAUUCUUGCUUGUUUUUAACUUGCUUUUAAUGAUAUAAUUAUACAUUUAAAAGAAAAAAAUGUUUAAAUGUAUUUAUGACAUAGACUUUUUAGGACGUCCACCAUAUUUUUAAUUUUUACUUUCCAUUAACCAUAUAAAACUGAUUAAGGUUAUUUACAUAUGUAAAAGUUAUCUUUUAUAGUUUUUCAACACUCCAAAAUGAUGUAGCUUAAAAAUUGUGUUUGUGUGAGAGUGGCAAAUAUCAUUUUGACAUUGAAAGUUUGGUGAGUAAAACUGUUUGAAAUUGUAUUGUUAUUUCAAUAAAAACAAAAGUAAUAAAGUA